AUGUGGAGCUCCGCGACUUGUCACAUCCAGCGCGGAUCCCCGGCAAGCUUCGUCCGUCUCGCUCGACAUCAAGCAUUUCGUCGCCAUGCGCUGCGGGCACACACGAGAUGCCUGGCUACCGUCGCCAAGAACAUAUCCUCUGGAAAGAACAAGAGCUUAGCCCUCCAAUCCGAAGCACGCUUCAGUGAGAUCGGUGUCCAGCACUUGAGUGCUCAUGUCUUCAAACAACUCUUUCCCGAUGGGUGCAAGCCCCCUCCAGAGCAGCUCGUAGAGCUGUCCAAGGAUCAUCUGCGCCGGCAUGACUUACUAGGCAAGAAUACCGACAGCUCCGAGCCUAUAGCUUUCGAUCUACCCCCGCUACAGGGACGCACGCUUGAUGAACAUUUCUUCAAGCUCGGUACAGAUUGUGCUGAACCCUUCCUUGGAUAUGCGAAGCAAUUUGCGCGAGCGAACCCUCCUCCUAAACCGCGAAAAUGGGUUAGGCGCAGCGGUUGGACGAAAUACUACCCGGACGGCAGGACCGAGCAGGUUGAUGCGCCGGAUGAAAACAUGCUGUGUUUUGAUACUGAGGUCAUGUGGAAGGACAACCCCUUUGCUGUCAUGGCUUGUGCUGUGAGCCCUACGGCUUGGUAUGCCUGGCUAUCACCCUGGUUAUUGGGCGAGACGACGAACGAGAAGCAGCUGAUCCCACUGGGCGACCCGGGUAAGGACAGGAUUGUUGUUGGGCACAAUAUCGGUUUCGAUCGAGCGCGCAUCCUGGAGGAGUACGAUUUAAAGCAGAGCCGAAACGCCUUCCUGGACACCAUGUCGCUGCACGUUGCAGUCAACGGCAUGUGCUCCCAACAGCGACCAACCUGGAUGAAGCAUAAGAAGAACCGGGAGCUCCGAGAACGUGUUGCUAGCCAGACGGAGGAUCACGCCUUUGCAGAAUUAUUGAGCAGCCAAGGUGCUCAUGAUGAAGAGGAACUUUGGGUGGAGAGGAGCUCUGUCAAUUCUCUUCGAGAUGUCGCAAAAUUUCAUCUCAACGUGUCCCUCGACAAGGCUGUGAGAGAUGAUUUUGCGGAGCUCGACCGCAGCGGAAUUCUGGCCAAGCUGGACGAGCUAAUGGAUUACUGCGCCGCGGACGUUUCAAUCACCCACCGAGUCUAUCAAGUGGUCUUCCCGAAUUUCCUCGAAGUCUGUCCUCACCCGGUCAGCUUUGCUGCGCUACGUCAUCUGUCAUCAGUCAUUCUCCCGACUAAUAAGUCUUGGGAUUCAUACAUUGCAAACGCCGAGGCCACAUACCAAAGGCUGAACGAGGCGGUUCUGGAGAGGUUAAUAGGGCUUACGGACAAAGCAUUGGAAGUAAAGGAGAAACCGGAUGUCUGGCAAAACGACCCGUGGAUGAAGCAGCUGGAUUGGUCUGGCCAAGAAAUCAAAAUGGUAAAGGGGAAACGAAAGAACGACCCGCCCAGACCUGCAGCAAGACAGAAGAAGCCGGGGAUGCCAAAGUGGUACAAGGACUUGUUUGCCAAAAACGACGCCCCGAUCAAUAUCACAGUCCGAACGAGGAUUGCGCCGCUACUCCUAAAGUUAGCGUGGGAUGGCUAUCCGUUAUUCUGGUCGGACAAGUACGGCUGGACCUUCAGAGUUCCUAAAUCGGAGGCCGCCAGGUACGUCGAAAAACAAAUGAUCCGAUGCGAAUUCGAUGAAUCCGAACUGGCGUUGCGGGACGACUGGGGCCAUGCAUAUUUCAAGCUUCCACACAAAGAUGGUCCUUCUGCUAGAUGCGCGAAUCCGAUGGCAAAGGGAUAUCUCAAUUACUUUGAAAAUGGCACAUUAUCAUCGGAAUACCCGUACGCCAAGGAAGCUCUGGAGAUGAAUGCGUCCUGCUCCUACUGGAUCAGUGCACGAGACCGCAUCAUGUCGCAAAUGGUAGUGUACGAUGAAGACCUACCAGUUAAAAAGCCAAUUACUGCCAAACGGGGCCGGAAGAGCAAGAAGACUAUAGAGGCAGAGAAGCUAGGCCGAGGGUACAUCUUGCCACAGGUUAUCCCAAUGGGUACGAUCACGAGAAGAGCAGUCGAGAACACUUGGCUCACUGCAAGCAAUGCGAAGAAGAACCGAGUAGGGUCGGAGCUAAAAGCAAUGGUCAAGGCUCCUGAUGGAUACUGCUUCGUCGGGGCCGAUGUAGACUCUGAAGAGCUUUGGAUUGCGAGCUUAGUGGGUGAUGCGACCUUCAAGCUCCACGGAGGCAAUGCAGUCGGUUUUAUGACUUUGGAGGGAACCAAAGCGGCUGGAACAGAUCUCCACUCGCGCACCGCAUCGAUCCUGGGUAUCACUCGAAACGAUGCCAAGGUGUUCAAUUAUGGGCGCAUCUACGGUGCCGGAUUGAAGUUCGCCGCAACCCUCCUCAGACAAUUCAACCCGGGGCUCUCUGAGAAGGAAACGAUGGAGACGGCGUCGAAGCUCUACGCAACGACCAAAGGCACAAAGACCACACGAAAGGUCAUCCAUAAAAAGCCUUUCUGGCGUGGUGGCACCGAGUCUUUCGUUUUCAACAAGCUCGAAGAGUUUGCCGAGCAGGAAACACCCAGAACGCCUGUGCUCGGCGCUGGUAUCACCGAGGCGCUCAUGGGCCGCUUUGUCAACAAGGGAGGCUACCUCACGUCUCGAAUUAACUGGGCAAUCCAAUCCUCUGGCGUAGACUAUCUUCAUCUUCUCGUUGUGGCUAUGGAUUAUCUCAUCCGCCGGUUCAAUAUCGAUGCACGAGUAUCCAUCACUGUGCACGAUGAGAUUCGCUACCUAGUCAAGGAUGAAGACAAGUACCGUGCCAGCAUGGCUCUUCAGGUGGCCAACGUCUGGACACGUGCCAUGUUCGCCCAGCAGGUCGGCAUUGACGACCUUCCCCAGUCGUGCGCCUACUUCUCAGCUGUCGAUAUCGAUCACGUUCUGCGCAAAGAGGUGGACAUGGAGUGCAUAACUCCAAGUCACGCCGAUCCCAUUGCCCCGGGAGAGAGUCUCGAUAUCGCUACCCUCCUAGAAAAGGGAAACGAGGCCAGAUUGGAUCCAGCCGUUGUUCCUAAUGCGCCACAUGCACCAAACCUUGACGGUAUCGAGUACACGCCACGAGUCCCCGUAAUGAAGGCGAUCCAAGAUGCCUCUGGCGAGAGCGCAGACUUUAUCAAAGCGCAGAUCAUCAAUGAUGAACAGGAGCUCAAGGACAUGGUCAGGGACAAGCGCAAAAUAGAACUUGCAUUAGCUCCCAAGAAACCAACGCCUGCCAUGAGCAAGAAGUCUCUCCGGUCCGUGCUACCGUACCGUGCGCAUCCACACCUGGUUCCAAUGGACGAGCCCAUAUCUGUAUCAGAAGCCUUGCGCACAAAGUUGACCGGGAAUGGAUACGAUCCCAAAGCCAAGUGGCAAUGGACACGAAGCUCGCCCAAGGGUUCAAGAGCAAGCUCCAGAAUUUAA